CGUCACGCUGUACAAGGGAGUUGGCCUUCGGGCAUACCAGAUAUCUUGUUCAUAAGUCGAAUCAUUACCCUCACUCGAUGUUGCUGGUACCUACAUUCUUUACGUGCAUUUUCAACUUGCUAUAGGAACUUGCUUUUAAAAUUUGCCUGGCUCUUGUGCCGAGUAUUCCUGUUAUACGCUACCGCACUCUCCAGUUGCAACCUCUUUGAACUGCGUUCUUGCGCUCCGUCCCUGUAAGGUUGUCGGUGUCAGUCCAAACACACUAGAUAUCCCUGACCGCCUCCACAACCCACGACGCCCGGAAGCUAUCUCUUUCGCACACGCCGCACGAUCUUCUCUCCUUCGAUCACUCUCACCAUACUUAGUUCGACCUGUUUUCUCCCCUGCAAGAUACCACGGAGAACAUCAGUUUGUUCACAUAUACCCUACCGCUCGCCCCAUCAUGCCGUGCUUUAAGGGUCUUGCUGUGAGUAUACACACUCCGGACGGCCCUAUUUCCGAGUACUCGAUCCAACGCCAAUCCCGAGCCUCUCGCAUAGCUUGUUACAUUCCCGUACCUCCACCGAAGCUACCAGAUUCAGCUACCGGAAAACCUGAACAAUCCACCUUUGCAGUUUCAAUCACGUUACUGAAUCCUGGACAAGAUGUGCCCUACUCUACCCCGAAAUCGACACCGGAAAACCCCACACCUAAGCCUAAGGUUGUUGGGGGCCUUCCCGGCCAAACGGCAGAGCGAGGCCAAUAUAGUAGCAUGGUGGCACCGUACCAGCCGCUGACAAACUCUCCAAACGAGACGGUUGCAGCCUAUAUCUACUUCGACGGGCGGCAAAAGGAAGAGGUCGCUACUUUGCUCCGGAGAGGAGAGGAAACCUGGGUAAACUCACGAUGGGUCAGCGUCCCUGAGUCAGAAGGAGGUGGCCUUGCUGAACGGGAGUUCCUCUUCCGUGAGGUGGGGUUGGAGCGCUGGCUCAAUGGCUUAGAUCUAGAGGGUAAGGAUGUGGCCGCCAAGAUUGAACGGAGACGGCAGAAGAUGGAAAAGCGCCGCUUGAAGCGUGCGUCGGUCGAUGGCACCAGUGACCUGGACAUGGAUUCUAAGGCAGACAAGCAUGACAAGGGUAUCAUGCGAUAUGGUAACGACGCGAAGUCACCUCUCGAGGACGUUUCGGAUGAUGACAUGUCUUUCUCCGAUUCGGACGACGACCCUAUUCCAGAGUCUGCAGGACAGAUCAAAGUGGCUCUGUUCCGUGUCCUGGCCUCAGGGGAAAUCAAACGUGGUGAAUACUCGCCACAGUUUGAUGCCCAUGACGACGACGACGAAGCCCAGCAAGGCGGGAAUGGCGGGACAGACGCAGAUAUCGACCAUACAACGAGUUUCGCAAAGCCCAAGACCCUCGAUCCCAAGACUAUCAGCACACAAACGGUUACUGGGAUUGAUCCAUCCGACAAGCCCUAUGCUAUAUUUACGUUCAUGUAUAGAGGGGAGCGGCAAUUGCAGAAAAUGGGCAUGUUAAAAGAUCCUAAGUCGCAAGAAACUCCUGGCUCCGCAAAGCGCAGAUCACUUCAACCGGACUUCGCUAAUAUUGGUCCCUUGAAACCCGGUGGUACAGUUGGAUUCUUGAACUUCCGUGACAGCACUGAGAACAAGCAGAAGGGAAAGAAAAGCAAGGCCGCUGGAGAUGACGACAUGGACAGUGACGAUGAUGACGAUGAUUCGAUCUUGGGUAAAGUCGACGAUGAAGAAGCUAAGGAAGACGAUCAGCAUCUGUCACCAGACGAUAUUAGACGCCAGGGGGAACUGGCCGAGGGCGUUCGCAAGAUCAAGCUCAAACGCCAGCACUCGUCAGCAUCUUUGGGCGCUAGUACCCCCAAAACGGAUACCGCUAGCCCCCAGCCAUCAGGAGAGACCCCUGCAGCAUCCAGUAUCUCAACCACCCCUCCAACUGCACCAGCAGUCCUUGCCGGUAUACCCGAGGUCCCCAAGCCUGCGGCAAAUAAUCUAAACGGAGAGUUCGUGGGAAGCCCAUUGAAGAAACAAAGAGCCAGUGUAUCCCAAGCGGAUGAGAAUGCUCUGCGACGGAGAAUCGAAUCGGGAUUGUCUCAACCCAUCAGCGGAGCUUUGGAUGGUGCCGCUUCCGAGGGGCCUCAAACUACAGGGGCGAGUUCCAAUUCCUUUGGGGCUGAGCCUCAGAAAUCAGUCCCACAGGAGAAUGAGGAUGAAGAGCUGUGAAGAAGCUAUCUCGAUGACAUAUUAUUAGCUAUAUGAACUUACUGGGUUCAGUAUGUCUCUCAAUUGGUGCUCGAUCAAGAGUUCCCUUGAUGAGCUUGUCGGAACGCUAACUUGACAAUCUUCGAUAAUCUAUAUCCAGAGCUUUAUUUAUUUGUUUUUGGCUGGCACGCAUGCAAACUAUGUGAACAACGUUUUCUUCUCUUUUUGUUGUUGUGUUUGAUUUUGGGGAAAACUUUCAAAAGAUUAUCCUGCUGACUAUGAUGGAUUGGCGUAAGUGGACCAAUCGAUAGCCACCUGGUUGGUUCUUUUUCUUUUCUUUGUCUACCUGCUUUGGGACUUUCAAUACUUCUUUUUAACGUCUUGACGAUGAUAACGACGGUAUGGAGACUAUUCUGGACUGUGUGCAUGAGUUGGCACUACCUUAUGCAGGAUGGUCCUAGGGCUUUGCCCACGAGGAUCUAGAAUUCUUUACGUGAUAUUUGGAAAAGGUCUGGGCUAUAAGUUAAUUGCUAUAGAAUAAAUGGAUUACGCAAGGUGCAAAC